CCAGGAAAGGAAGAGGGCGUGGCCGCGCACCCGGAAGCCUGGACGCACUGGCGCUACGAAAGCGAAAGUGAAAGCGUCCUUAGCCGCCGACGCCGCUAUGAAAUCCGGCUUGGCGGCUCGGAAACGGCGGUCGCGGGCCGAAGAGGGCGACGCGGCCGCCAAGAGGCUCUCCGGGCCCGCGCCGGGAUGGUCAAUUUUUGUCCACAAUGCGGACAGAAAGUCGAGGAAAUGUUUCACUUCUGUCCGGCUUGCGGAGGCCGGCUUCCGGUUCCAGAAGACGAGCCAAUGCAGAUCACGCCGUCUCCUUCUCUGAAAGAAUUAAACCAGAGCGUCCCGGUUGAACUGCCGCUGUUGCCUGACAAGAAAAAAGUGCAGAUAAUUUUUCCGAAACAGGAAAUGUCUUCCACCUCUCUUAAAGCUUCUCCCCAGAGUUCAACAACAACCUUUUCUCCAAAGGCAAAAGGUAAGGCGACUUACCGAUCACCCAAGAAGGAAAGAUGUCUUUGCGUAAAACCUCUCUCGGAGCAUGAAAUUUUGACGGACCUGAACAAUAAGAAGUGGAUCAUUUGGAAGCUUCUGAGCCAGUCGGAACGUGGGUUGAUCUAUGAAGCAAGGUUAACGUCAGAAUCCUCACCAACCCAAUACACCCUCAAAUUGGAUGCCAAAGAGGGAAAGCUGUUUAAUGAACAGAACUUUCUCCAGCGAGCUGCCAAGAAAGUCACAGUGGAGAAAUGGAAGAAGCAAUACUUAAUGCCGUUCCUGGGGAUACCAGAAUGUGUUGGUUUUGGCCUCCAUGAGACUAGCUACAGGUUCCUGGUCUUUCCCGAAUUGGGUCGAUCUCUUCAGUCAAUCCUGGACGACAACAAAAACAAGAUGACGGAGAAAGGUUUGCAGCUUGCAGUCAGGCUGCUCGAUGUCCUGGAGUACCUUCAUGAAAAUGAGUAUACUCAUGGGGAUCUGGCUGCUGAAAACAUAUAUGUGAAUCCAGCUGAUCUAACUGUGGUUACUUUAGCGGAUUUCAGCUUCGCCUUUCGAUACAGCCCUGGGGGCAAACACGUGCCUCAGAGGGACUGCAGCCGGACCCCUCACGAAGGCACCGUGGAGUUCAUCAGCCUGGACAGCCACAGGGGAGCUGCUCCGUCCCGUCGAAGCGACCUGGUCCUUGGUUACUGCCUGGCAAAAUGGCUGUGGGGUGCCCUUCCCUGGUCUGCGGAGCUUGAAGACCCCUGCGUGGUCAGAGAGGAAAAAGAAAGGUACAAAGCGGAUAUUAUCAAAAGUCCAAGACUGUCCUCCAGUUGGGGAGCCUUACCAGAAUCCAUACAGAAAUACCUGCAACAAGUAAUGACUUUGGAAUAUGAAGAAAAACCAAACUACGAAGAAUUGCGAUUGUUAUUUACAAAGCCUCUUCAGCUGAUGAGAGCAUCGGCCUAUGACUCAUUGGACCUCAGAGUAGCCCCCUAGCUUCCAGAAAGCUGAAUAUGAAAAGAAAUGAAGAACAAGAAUGAAUCAUCAAUGCAGUUAAGAGUCGAAUUCACUGGAAUGUCUUCGCACUGGAGCAGUUUGGCAACAUGAAUUGUGUGUGUUUGCUUUUUAUCUCCGAUUUUUAAUAGAUAGGGAAAGUGGUUUUCUUGGAAAUGUGUGUUAGGAUUUUGCUACGACCUUUUGCAAGCUAAAGAUUUAUCCAGGGACAUAAUUUAAUGCAUUCUAGCAAAUCUUCCUUUGGUAAGUAUUACUUGCACAUAAUUUAUAAAGGGCCUUUUAUCAGUUGCCCAAAUAUUCAGAUUAAGCCCUAACUUAAAAAAAAAAUAGGAGGAGGGGAGAAGGAUUGUAAAUAUUUUAAUUUUGUUUUUAAUCUUGCUUUUAGUGUCUCAAAAGUUUGUUUUAUUCUAUUGCAUCCCUAUUUCAUUCUAUUAUUUUAUGCCUAGCUUAAAUAUGUCUUGCAAGGCAGAAGGACCCAGAAAAAGUUUUUAAUCUUUUAAAUGUGUGCUUUGUUGAUUUUGUGGUUUAAAAAAAAUUGUAUGGUGCGGUCCAA